CUUAAUUAAACCCAUCUCAAACUGCAUGUGGUAGUGCUGCUACUAGGACUAAUUAGUUGGUUUUACUUACUACCAGUAGUAAUUCUAGAGCUAUGGCCUCGUCUUCCUCUGCGCUCUGUCUCGCGCUCAUCCUUCUGUUCUUCGCGGCGACGAGCGCGUGCGGGCCGUACUGCUGGACGCCGACGCCGCCGACGCCGACGAGCGUGUUCGGUAGGUGCCCCGUCGACACGCUGAAGCUCGGCGUCUGCGCGAACGUGCUGGACGUGAUCAACGCGAAGAUCGGGAAGCCGCCCAGGGAGCCGUGCUGCCCGCUGCUCGAAGGGCUCGUCGACCUCGAGGCCGCCGUCUGCCUCUGCACGGCGAUAAAGGCCGACAUACUUGGGAUCCAGCUCAACCUCCCCAUUCACCUCACCCUCAUCCUUAACUACUGCGGCAAGGGAGUCCCCUCUGGGUUCCAGUGCCCUUGAGCAGGCAUUUGCUUCUCGCUUAAUUUGUUAAUUAUUUUUAACGGAGUCCUGAUCGAGCCUUUUUCGAUCUCUCAAUGCGCACUGUGCGCUGUUCCCUCGUCAAUUUUUCUUUUUUUUCUUUCUCCCGGGUGUUUUUUUCGUCCUGUUUGUGGUUUGAUCCUUUCCAACUGUUGUUCUCGAGCGCCACGUUAAUUUAUAUGCAGUUUUAAGUGCGAAUCAA